AUGGCCUCCUUCUCCUCAGGCAGCCAUGGAAAGAACAUUGAGGUUGACUUCCAGAGUCUGGAGGAAGAAAACAGUGCAUUCCUUCUACCACAUCACUGCAGUUCCCAAGAAAUCCUUGCUCUUAUCCCAGCUGGCAGUGACCUUUUUGUCCCAGGAGACUACAGCAAACGAGUGUAUCAAGGCGUGAGAGUGAAGCACACAGUCAAAGAUCUACUGGCAGAAAAACGAUCCAGGCAGACAAGUAACUCAAGAUUUAAUGGCAGUGUCAGUUCCUCUCAGUCUCCAUUCGUCCCGAUGCCAGGUUCGCCGGUGAUGUCCGGUUACUACGGCGUCCGGAGGUCCUUCCUGUCGGACUCGGACUUCCACAGCACUAAGCAGUUUGCCAGCGACGCCUGCAGCCCGGGCGUGGCGAAGCCCUUCGCCUGCGAGCCCGCGGCAGGGCAGGGCCACGCGCCUCCUCAGAGGGACUCGUGGGAACAGACAGUGCCGGAAGGCCUCAGCCAGCCAGACCCCGUGCCAGCCGACGCCCUGCAGAGCCUGGCCCCCAGCACGAGCUGCCUCUCCCAGCUGGAGUUGGGGAGCACCGCCCAGCACCGGAGCUCGAGCUGGGGGGCCCCCCUGGCUGGGGUUCAGCCCUACUCACUGCACGCACUGGAGGAUCUGUACCACACGCAGGGGUACCCCACCCCGGCCCCCUACCCCUUCACCUCUUUCAUGACGAUGUCCAAUGACCCACCACCCAAGGUGGGGCCCUUCUCCCCAGACGAGGGGGCAGACACCUCUGCCCUCCAGGACCCUUCUCCAUGGACCAAAGAAGAUGGAAGCCUGACCUGGGGGGCGUACGAGUGCCGCAGAGCUUACUGAAGGGCACCAGAGGACUUCUGUACAUUUCUUUAAGUUGGUUUCUGUAUUCACGGAUUGUUGUGGUGUGGCCGCUUGGCGAAAAUGGGAUUUUCAGGAUAAGCCAUCACGCUGCCUUUUGUUAAUGGAUGGUGGCCUUUAUUUGGGAUUCUCCCCACCAUCCCUCCACUGAAACACACCACAAUGUAAAUUCUAGCUAGAAAACCUGACAGUAAGAUCUCUGGGGAAGCUUAGUAAGUCACUGCAUUCUGAAUCUUCUGUUUGCUUUCAAGUACCUAUCAUUUUAGCACUGAUAUUUUUAUCUUAAACUACAUUAAAAACUUUACGCAGAUCAUAAAA